AUGGCAACAUCAACAAGCAAAGUACAAUGUGUUACUUGUGCAAAAGACAAAGGUACAGUUCAAUGUCACGGAUGUUCACAAUCAUUCUGUUUCAAACAUUUAACUGAUCAUCGACAACAACUCAGUCAACAAUUCGAUGAAAUUCAAAUGACACGAGAUCUUCUUCGUCAAACACUCACAGAAUAUUCCAACAAUUCACAAAAACAUCCACUCAUCAACGAAAUCGACCGAUGGGAACAACACUCGAUCAAUCUCAUUAGAAAAACAGCCGAAGAAGCGAGACAAAAGAUGCAGAAACAUACAACUGAGCACUUAUCGAAGAUGGAGAAGAAACUAAAUGACUUAACAAAACAACUGAGAGAAGGUCGAGAAGAUGAUGACUUUGUGGAAAUAGAUCUUCAACAAUGGAAUCAACAACUGACUCAAAUCAAUGAAGAAUUGCUGAAACCAACAAACAUCAAAGUGAAACAAAGUUCAACACCGCUGAUAACAAUGAUCAAUGUUGAAAUAGUUGAUGAGGACAUGUCAAAUAUCCCAAAUAUCAGCGCAAAGACGAAGUGGAUGCAGAAUGGGGUGACAGUGGCUGGAGUCCAUGGAAAAGGCAACGAACUUAAUCAAUUAAAUAGCCCAUACGGCAUGUGCAUUGAUGGGAAUCAGACCAUCUAUGUUGCUGAUUAUGGUAAUCAUCGUGUAGUGGAAUGGAAGAAAGGUGCGACGACUGGUCAGAUAGUGGCUGGUGGAAAUGGAGAAGGAAAUCAAAAUGAUCAGUUGCUUGUUCCAACAUCUGUUGUCGUGGAUGAAAAGACAGAUUCGUUGAUUAUAAGUGAUGGCAAUAAUAGAAGAAUAAUGCAAUGGUCUCGUCAGAAUGGCACAAGUGGACAAGCGAUUAUUUCCAAUGUCACAUCUUAUGGAAUAGCAAUGGACGGUGAAGGGUAUCUCUAUGUUUCCGACUUGAAUAAGAACGAAGUUCGACGAUGGAAGAUUGGUGAUAAAAGUGCAGGAGAAGUCGUCGCUGGUGGAAAUGGCAAAGGAAAUCGACUUGAUCAACUGAAUGUACCUUGUGGUGUGUUUGUAGACAAGAAUCAGUCUGUAUAUGUGGUAGACAAUGGUAAUCACCGAGUGGUGAAGUGGGCGAGAGACGCGAGAGAAGGUAUUGUUGUUGCAGGUGGACAAGGUGAAGGAAGUAGUUUGUCACAACUGCAUCAUCCUUAUGGAGUUGUGGUUGAUCAGUUAGGAAGUGUUUAUGUUGCAGAUCAAUAUAAUCAUCGAAUCAUGCGAUGGUGUGUGGGUUCACGAGAAGGAAAUGUAAUAGUUGGUGGAAAUGGACAAGGACAGGGAAUAGAUCAACUGUGGCAUCCAUUGAGUGUGUCAUUUGACGAAGGAAAUAACUUAUAUGUGACUGAUCUUUCUAAUAAUCGAAUCCAGAAGUUUGAUGUUGACGUGAAAUGA